AUGCUGUAUACAAAUGCAACGGCCCCCUCCUCAACGGCGCAUUGUCUGACCUCAACAGCCGGUCCUCGCCAGCCCCCCGCCAGCAAUGCAUCAGUACAAGGUGGUGAUACAGCUCGCUCGAAGCGUAACAAGAAGGAUAGUCGCAAAAAACGCGAAGCCAAAGGCCUAGAUCCGGAAAGCGCGCCGCCGCCAUCCAAGAAACGCGCAACAGCGGCAAGCAUUGCCCGCCCCAGUUCAGAGCUCUCGAUUCUCCGCCCAUUGCUACUCGCCGAACCCCGGGCAUCAGAUCGGUCACCUCCCCAACCACGCCAAUUCAACCUCGUGACGAGUAAGACCUCGCAGGUUCUGGACCGGACGUGGGACUUUUACGAGGUCGUCGAUAAACUCACCAACAAGAACGGCUUCCGUUACAGUUACGCAAUUGGUGACCCGGGCUUCCCCCAUAUCAAGUAUCGACAGACCGAUGUCCAGCCAUACCACACGCGCUUCAGCUUCGAGGAUUCCCCUGCCGCAAUUUUCUUUUCGCAAGACGCUAGGGCAGUAACCACAAGCGAUGCAUGGCAUACGGCGCGCGCAAAUGUGUGCGCUCGGGAGGGGUCAUAUUAUUACGAGGCGCGGGUCAUCAGUGGCAGAGUGAACGACGGACAAGCAGCUCCUCAGAAGGGUGCGCCCGGCGCAUCUCCUCGCGGUCAUGUUCGACUCGGAUUCGCUCGGCGUGAGGCGGAUCUGGAUGUGAACGUGGGCGUCGACUGCUACGGGUACGGCAUUCGGGACGUAAACGGCGAAGUCGUGAAUCGCAUGCGAUGCGAAUUCUUCUUCCCCAAGGGCGAAGGCAUCAACGAAGGCGAUGUCAUUGGCAUGCUAAUUACCCUCCCGCCUCUUUCACUGCACAAGAAAAUCGUCGAAGGCACGUACGAUCCCGCUGCAGAUGGCGAUGGAACCGAGCCACUAUCGGAGGCUCCUACAGCCACGAAUAUCAUCCGAGAUCGUAUCCCUUUUCACUACAAAUCCGACUUUUGCUGGCAACAGUCCAACGUCUUCUCUACAAAACACCUCCGCGACUACGCUUUCAACCUGAAAGAAACUCCUACAUUCGGGCCCCCCUCCCCGCUCAACAGUGAAGAUCCUACUCUUCGCACGUUACCCGGCUCCAGCAUUACUAUUUUCAAAAAUGGUGUCAAGAUGGGCACACCCUUCAAAGAGCUUUACGCCUUUUUACCACCAGCCAGCCGUCUCGCCAACGGCACGAAUAAUCUUGGUAUUGGAGAACGGGAAAAUGCCGACGACGGCAUGAUCGGCUACUACCCAGCUGUGAGCUGCUACGGCGGUGGUGCCGUCGAGUGCCGUUUCGAGGGCCCAUGGUGGGUUGGCCCACCUGAGCAGAACGACUUGGGUGGUCCCGUCCGACCUAUGGGCGAGCGCUUCAACGAUCAGAUCGUUGAGGACGUCGUUGCUGAUAUCGUCGACGAGGUCGAAGCCAUGUUCACCUGGGGCGGUGUCGAUGGAGAUGUGAUUGGCAACAAUAACACAGAGAUAGAUGGUCCUGCUUCUAGUGCCAUUGGGGGCUCCGAGGUCUUGCAGAACGGCGUCGGUGCAGCGCUUGCUACGGCUGGCGCAGCGGGGGCUUCUGAUUCUGCUGUGAACAGCAAUCAGGCCACGCCUGCUGCUAACCCGGUGCUAGAGGAUGCGAUGAGUGUCGGCACAGCUGGGACACCAGUCCAUGCUGCGGAUGCUCCAGCGGAUGCUCCAACGGAUGCUCCAGCGGAUGCUCCAACGGAUGCUCCAGCGGAUGCUCCAACGGAUGCUCCAGCGGAUGCUCCAACGGAUGCUCCAGCGGAUGCUCCAGCGAAUGCUCCAACGGAUGCUCCAGCGGAUGCUCCAGCGGAUGCUCCAGCGGAUGCUCCAGCGGAUGCAGAUGAAGAUGUAGAGAUGAGCUGA